GCAACAAGUCACGUGCGAGGAAAUACAUUGGCGCCAUCUUCAAACAGGAGCGUUCCCAGAUUCUCGAACCUUUUCUGUUUAUUCACCUUAUAAUGUUUUAAAUGAUCUCAGAGAUGGAAGCUAACUACAAUGAAGAGCUAAAUGCUACCAAAGAGCUGCUAAAAGGCCUUAGCAUCCACCAGGAGACAACACAUGAAGCAGAGGAGGAGAAACAGUACAGACCUUCUAUCUCAGAUCACUCAGAUGAUAAUGAGGAGGACAAGUUACGGUACAACCGUUUUAUCCAAAAAGGCAAAGAGUUAGGAAGACAGGGACACCUUGAACGAGCUCUUCAGUUGUUUGAGAAAGCUUGUGCAAUAUUUGAAUCUGAAAAACUUCUCAGAAGGAUUGAAAAAAUCAAGGAAGCUAUAGAAAGGUAUAAACAGGAAGAAGAUGAAGAAGAUGAAGAGGAUGAUGGAAUGUGUGAAGUAGGUGAUGGCUUUUCUUUACCAGCUGAGAUUUACCAAUCUUUGUAUCCAUAUCAACUGGAUGGUGUCCUCUGGUUCUGGAAUCUUUACCAGAAAGGCAUGGGAGGCAUUCUUGGUGAUGAUAUGGGACUGGGAAAGACAAUUCAAGUGAUAUCAUUCAUUGCUGGGAUGUUUGAUGCAGAGCUUAUCAAAAAAGUGUUGAUUGUAAUGCCAGUGUCAGUGAUGCCAAACUGGGAAAAGGAGUUCAGCAAAUGGGCCCCUGGAAUUCGUGUUAGAGCCUUUCAUGGGACAAAUAAGAAGGAACGCAUGCGAAACCUGGAAAAAAUACAAAGAAGAAAUGGAGUUUGCUUAACUACCUAUGGUUUAAUUGUAUCCAGCCAUGAAUCUUUGGGGGCCUUAACAUGGGAUUACAUCAUUUUGGACGAAGGACAUAAAAUCAAAAACACGGCAACGAAGACAGCAAAGAAUCUUCGAUUGAUCCCUGCGAAACAUCAUUUUAUUCUAACAGGGACACCAGUACAAAACAACUUGAGGGAGAUGUGGGCCUUGUUUGACUUUGCAUGUGAAGGGAAGCUACUGGGAACAUCACGAACCUUUAAGAAAGAAUACGAAGACCCAAUCGUGCGGGCGAGAGAAAGAGAUGCUACAACGUAUGAAAAACGCAUGGGGAUGGAGAUGUCGGAAAGUCUUCGUAAACUUAUUGAGCCAUAUUUUCUGCGGCGAACCAAAGCAAUGGUUCUAGAGAAGAAAAACAAAAAUCCCGAUGAAGUUGAUGGAUCAGAGGAAUCAGAUAAGGAAAAUAAAGAAGGAAGUAUCAGAAGAAUGCCUAAGGAGUUAACCAGGAAAAACGACUUUGUUGUCUGGCUCUACAUGUCCGAAAGUCAAAUCAAAAUCUACAGUGACUUUUUAGGACUGGAAAGAGUGAAAGAGCUGUUAAUGAGCACUCGUUCCCCAUUGGCUGAGUUGAAUGUGCUGAAGAAGAUCUGUGAUCAUCCUCGACUGUUAUCUACUCUGGCUUGUGAGCAGCUCGGCUUGGAUGAACAGGCCAGACUGGUGGAAAUGGACGCUGAUGAAGACGAUUCCAGAUCAUUUGCCACUCAACCAAAAGGCCUGGGGCCCUCAGACAAGGUGCUGACACAGGAGUCAGGGAAAAUGGUGUUCUUGGUGUCCCUGUUGGACAAUCUCAAGGCUGAGGGCCACAGGUGUCUGGUGUUCAGUCAAUCAAGAAAGAUGCUGGACAUUGUUCAACGGGUUAUCACUCAUAGGGGACACAAGGUUAUUCGUAUCGACGGCACGAUAACAAGUACAGCUGAACGGCAGCAUCUUAUCAACACAUUCCAGACUGAUUCGUCUUACACAUGCUUCCUUCUCACAACACAGGUCGGUGGCGUUGGAAUAACACUGACCUCUGCCGAUCGUGUGGUUAUCUUUGACCCGAGCUGGAAUCCCGCCUCAGAUGCCCAAGCCGUAGACAGAGUUUACAGAAUUGGACAGAAAAAGACUGUUGUUAUUUACCGGCUAAUCACAUGUGGAACACUUGAAGAGAAGAUUUACCGCAAGCAGAUCUUCAAAGAUGCUCUGAUGAAGCAGACCACAGGCUUGUCCAAGAAUCCCUUCAGGUAUUUCAGUCACCAAGAGUUACGUGACUUGUUCACACUGGAAGAUCCUCAUCAUUCAAAAACGCAACUACAGCUUGAUCAGAUGCACUCGAAACACAGGAAAACUGACAAUGAACUGGAAAAACAUAUCAAGUUUUUACACACCUUAAACAUAUUCGGUAUUUCUGACCAUGAUCUGAUGUAUUCCCAUGAAGAUGUGGAAACAGCUGAUGAACAUUCAGUACCAGACAGGGAGGCCAUCCAAGCCAGAGUUCUCCGAGCCCAGAAUUUAGUUGCAGCUGAAUCAGGAUUUUCAGGACAAACUCGACCCGGUACCUUAUAUCCCCCAUCGGGGGUCCCCAGCACCUGCCCCCGAAAGAUCUCAGAUAACCAGGAAAGAAUGGUCAUACCCCAGGGACUACGGCAUUCUCUUCCUUCGAGUGAAAAUACCAUGACUGCCCGGCAAAAAAUACAGGCGAAAAUUGACAGUGAGGUGUUCAUUAUACCCAAACGCGACGACACGAAGAGAUUUCAGCCAAGUCAGGAUUCAAGAUCAGCACAGAAUUCAUCACCAGUCCUCAUAGAUCUUUGUUCUCCUGCAGCUCCUAAGGAGAGUUCUCCCCCUCCUGAAAUUAUCGAUGUCUCACCUGCUGUGUUGAAGAAGAACAGACGGAAAAGUAUGAGUCAGAGGAUUGAACUUCCGGUGAUCGAUGAUGAUGAUGAUGUUGAUGAGGAUGAUGAAGAGCUAAAGGAACACGAGAGCUCACAAGAUGACAACAACGACAUAGAUGAAGAUCACGAGGAAUUGGAAGGCUCUGUGCCGAGCCAGUGUCCCUCAGGGGAACAUGUGUCUGAUGCCAUCAAGAUACACAAGUGUGCAUGUGUGAUCAGCUCAUCAGAGAGAGAGAAGUACGACUUGUGUCUCGUCAAUGGAAGACAACUGGAACUAGAAGGCAAGGUACAGGAGGCUGCUAUGCUCUAUAUGGACGCCUUAGAAUUGAUGGACAGUGAUUAUUCUGUACAUGUCAAAGUUCUGGAGCUGGCUGAGCAAAUGAAUUUCCAACCUCCGUUGAUUGAAACAGCAUAGCUUUUGAUGAAGAAUGCUCGAUUACAGUUGGGUUAAUAUAUCGCAACUGGUUAAAAGAGGCAAUAAAGCUAAAUUAUUUAAAAUUUAAUUUUUUUUUGAAAUUUUAAAAUAAAAGGGAAGAAAAAAAGUGAGCAGACUAUUAGAAAUGUAAUUAAGCUAUUCUGAAAGAUGAAUUUGCAUGUGCCGUUAUGCUUCCAUCUCGUGAUUCUUCAUGGUUCCGCAAAUCUGUGCAACUAUUCCCACUGAAAACAAGUAAAGGAAAGAAGGAUUGUUUAGCUAUACUGCCGACCAUGUAAGUUUACGCGAGGAAAUUCGUUGUAUAAGUAUUCGUAUAAAAUUUACAAAUUGGUUGAAAACAUUCCUUCAGAUUUAAAGUAAGACAAUGAUAUAUCUUUACUCAAAUGAAAUUAUUAAAAAUUU